CGAUGAUGGUUUGUGUAAGAUAUUCAACAAUGCUCCAGGCAAGCGUUCCUGUUGUGUAACACCCCUGAUCGUUCAACCCCCUCUCUAUUACGCACGCAGACGCACUCUCGUUCAUGUCACACGCUGCCUUCGCGCAAGUGUCACACCACACCAAACAAGCACUCGCUACCCAACACAAGAAGCGCUACCAUCCCAGCCCACCACCAGCCCACCAUCAGCCAACCGUCGUCACUGCAUGAUGCACGAGGAACACCCAACAGAAGACGCUAUCACUAUCACGGAGCACGUUGAGCGCACCCAGGCUCAACAACCACAAGCAGAUGGGUGUGGUGCUCCUGCUCAGAGCGAAGAUGCAGGCUCCACAGCAAGCGCAAGCACAGCAAGCAACAGCCCAAAGCGCCUAAAGCGCGGCACGUUUGUUGCCUACGGCGAGGGUGUGCGCACCAGGUGCAUGCAUCACCAAACGAGCUCGACAACCCACAUUCUCUCCUUCGACAAAAUCAGCGACGACAACACCGUUGAGCAUGGGAGCGGACAGUAUUGCGUGCGGCGCCCGCCUGUUUUGGCGCGCAUUGCGCAGAGCGAUCCCAGCAACGUCACCUGCACCCUGCAGACAUCACCCACCGUGCUGACCGUCACAGGUGUCACACGUGAGCAGGCGGCUGCGCUGGCAGAAGAGUGCACCAGCGAGCUCAUGGAGGCGUACUGCGACGCCGUCAUGUUGGACGGUGGCUCAUACGACUUCAACUUCUACAUGCACCGCUUCUUCGAUAAGGGCGAGGACGGUGGUGAACGUGUGCAUGACGCCCACGAACGCGCUGCCUCUGCACACGCCAGUGACACCAACACCAGUACUUGCAGUGAGCACAGCACCGCCAGCAGCAACGACAGUGGUAGUGAUGAUGUUCAGUCUGGGGAGAAGGCGAGCGAUGUUGGUGGUGGUGGUGAUGGUGGUGUUCACAGCACGAGCCACAGCAGCGGCAGCGACAGCGACAGCAUCACUGCCAAGCAAGAUUCUGCAGAGCCACCAGCAGCUGCGCGCAUGUGCAUGCAGGCCAUCCCCGUCAACAUUGCGGGGAUGCACGGCGACUUCAAGCUGGAGGACGAUGACGAGAAUUUCGCGCUCGUCGCUGCUGCCAUCCGCCGCGCCCUGGACCGGCUGCAGUACACGAAGGACACGGAGUUUGCUGCAGUGGGUCCGAAGUUGCUGUUGGACUUGACGACGGUCUCCGCUGGCCUUCGACAAGCCAUCCUCGCCGACGUGGCUCACUACGCUGAAGAAGCCAACGACGGCAAGCUGCAGCAGGAAGGGGACGAGGUCCAGAAACAAGAGCAUCAACAGCAUCAACAGCAGGAAGAGCAGGAAGAGGAAGGGAUACAACAACAGCAGCACCAGCACCAGCACCAGCCGCACCAGCACCAGGGAGACGACGAGGUUGACGACUUGGAAGAGCAUGAGGAAUUCUGCAGCACUGAGCACAUAUUCAUCAUUGCAUCGACCGACACAGCCUCCCUGAUUGCUGCGCGCGAGGCCAUCGAUUAUGCGCUGGCCACCUUUCGCCUCGACGUGCCUCCAGACCAUUCGGAUGUUGUGCUCGCUUGGUCGUGGGAAGAACUGCUGCACAACGUCACGCAGCAUGACGAUCCACAGUCCAUUGCCACAGCCAGAGGGAUAUGGGGGUAUCCCAAAGGGCAUGUUCCGGCUGACCUGCGCCCCGCUCUCGCCAACGUGGAGAUGAUGUGGCUGCGAAUCCACAAGCCUGAAGUGGAGGCCUACAAAUCGCUCCUGAGCCUCCCGGGCAUCAAGCUGAUUGACCUCAAAGGAGGGCUGCGCACUGCAAGGCUGUUUGAGCAGGUCAAGGCGACAGGCGACGAGGAGCUGCUGCGUCGCUUCAAGGAGGUGACGGUCUUGUACGACCACAGAGGGUUGAGCCCAGAAGAGGCAGAGCACCAGCGACGCCGAUGCCGACUCUCGUAUGCGCUCGAGUAUGCAAGAAAUCAAGGGUAUGACUCCGAAGGCCGCUGUCUGAGAUGCAAGCACUGCUGCUGGUAUGAGAACUUUGACGUGGGCUGCGAAGAGUGCUAUCGCUUGAGGCCCGACCGCGACUAACUGUGCUUUUGCAUGCGUGUGCAGGCGUGUGUGGAUCUGUGCGCUGUUUGUUCGUGCCUCGGCAUUGUUUGUUUGCCUUCCGCUUUCGUUGAUGUGGUCUGGUCAGAUGCCUCCUUUCGUUGACGUGAUUAUGGCAUGACAUGAGGCAGACGUCACAUACAACACCAAUACAAAGCAUCGAUUUGGA